AUGUCUGGCUCCAGCUCUCCAACUCGCUCGCUCUCUCGACGGGGCGCACCGCUCUCGAUCGAGGUGCCGCCGCUCCAGCAGCCAUCACCACCGUCAAACACCCUCCUCAUAACUGAUCUGAACGAUCUCUCUCUCUUCCAGCCCAUCUCACUCGAGAAAAUCAAAGCUCACAUCACGGCCACCGCGCCACUCAACUCAUUCUCACCUCUCCCGUCCUUUCGCCGCAUAGUCUGCUCGUUCCUGACCAUUGACGAUGCAAUCAAAGUACGCCAGCUUCUAGACAGGGAGCCACUACAAGGAAAAGGCCGAGCAAGAGUCUACUUUGGCGAAAACACACCCAUACAGACAGAUGCCGCAGAGAUUCGGCGCAGCAAGCUUCUUGAAGCUCCCCAGUCGCAGAAGAUGUUCUUCAUCAGCCCGCCACCCAGCCCUCCACACGGAUGGAUGAUGCGCAACGAGGAGCCACCAAACAAGGAGGUUCACGCUUCUGAUCUGGCCGAGGCCCUGGGCAGACUUGGUCGAUUCUACAGUUCAGACAGCCAUAUCAACGAGUCUGGACGACGGCCGGAGACCCCUGUUUCUCCUACGGAUGUGGCCAUGGCUUUGGACGGGAAAGAUGUUGCGCGUACGGGAUCGGGGCAACGAAGCCGUAGCAGCACUCUGAUUUAUCACCCCGAGCAUCAUGGAAACAGCCCGCAUCUCCCGGCUGUUAUGGUCGAGGAUACCACGCUUGACACUGAUACGGACUCUGAUAUGGACUUGAGCCCGCUUGAUAUUCAACCAAGAAGGAUACUUGCGCACACCGCUCGCCCUCCAGCGGAGCUCAUGGAAUGA